AUGGAAUUUGGGAGCCUAUUCACGGGUGCGCAGUCGUCCACUAUCCCAUAUGAGUAUAGCAGCUGCUGCUCUUCAUCGGAUGGUCACCAGCGCACGAGCAGAGAGGUGCACAGCUCUAAAGUCGUACUGGCGUACAAAAACGCAUCGCAGAACCUCAACUCGUCGGGGAUCAAAAUAGGUUUGGGGAUACUUAAAGUGGCCACGUCUCAGUGGAGGCAUGACAAGACGACGCACGCAAGUGCAGCCACAAAGCAGCCGACUAACUGUGAUAACGAGUGCAAACGCACUCCCCUGGACCAGCUUGCAGCCCUGGUUCUCCAUUGCCAAGCGCGGCGACGACAAAUAGGCCAAGAACCCCGUCAAGAGAUGUUGUUCUCCACCAAGCCAAAGAACUGUAAGCGCAUUGUGGUUCUCGGCGCGCCGCGGGUUGGCAAGACCUCCAUCCUGAGACGGUACCUGCGCGAUGGCUUCGUGGAAGAGUACCAGCCCACGUCCGAGGAUUUUGUCCGAAAAUUGUUUCGUAUACGCGGGGAAACAUACCAAAUUGACGUAUUAGAUGCUUCAAGGGAGAGGGACUUCCCAGCCAAGCGGCGAUUGUCCAUCCUUACUGGUGAUAUUUUCUUGCUCGUCUUCAGUCUGGAUGACAGAAGCUCUUUCGAAGAGGUGUGUGCUCUAAGACAGGAGAUCCUGGCAGCCAAGUCCAAACUGACUAAAUCGUCGCAUCAUUCCGCACAGCAGGAACUCGCCUUAGUGGUCUGUGCAAAUAAAGUUGACCUCACAGAAUCUGAGAGGGAUGUCUCCCAAGCAGAGGUGCUCCAGGCUCUCGGUGAUAACUGCGCUUACUUUGAAACUUCUGCAAAGGACAGUACUAAUCUGGAGAAGGUAUUUGAGGCUUUGGCAAAGCGUGGUGGGCUCCCGGCUGAAACUGGACCGUCUCAACACCGCAAAGUGUCAUUCCAUUCAUAUCAGGCCAUGCGCGCCGGUCGGGUUGGAGUUCAUUCAAUGGGACAUGAUGAUGCUUGUGGGGUGCUGUACCCAUUGGCUCGUAGGCCAAGCUUCAGCGCUGAUCUGCGACAAGUCAUUGGACCACAAAAUGCACCCAAGGCAGGCAAAACAAAAGAAAGAUGUCAGAUUCAGUAG